GGUAUUUGGAUAGUCUUUGUCAUCCACUCACUCCGACUUCUUUUAAUUAAUAUUUGAGUAUUAAAGUGCCAACCUGUGGUAACUGUGUGCUAACGGAAGUUAACUGCGGUUUAUUAUUCCGUUAUUCCAUUUUAUUUAUUCUGUUGGCGAAAAUAGAGUAUGAAACUCGUAAAUACGUUUGCUUUAGAUGAUACGCAAACCAAAAAUUACUUCUUUCUAGUCUCAAGAAUGCAAGGAAGGUUUAAAUUACAUCAAAUACUAAUACAAGCUUCUGUAGUUUUUGCAGGUUAAAUUACUGUUUGCAUAAGAUCGCAUCCUAGUGUGGAGUUGACACAAUUUUCUCGUUUAUUUUCCUAUUUGAUAGGAUUUUUGUGACAGAAGCCAUUAUAAUUGUUAGGCAAACAGAUAUGUUAUUUUUCGUGAGCAGCGCAAAGUAGGUCUUCGGGCAUAUUUGGCGCAGUCGCUAUAUAUAUAUUUACAGUCGAAAAAAUGAAUUGCAACCAUAGAUGUAUUUUUCCCACGAAAUUAGGCAAGGUAAUGUUUACACCUUUUUGUACCACAGUCUUUUUAUCUUUAAGAACUAAGCGUACUCAUGAAUACUAGGGCGUAUAGAAAGACGAACUGAUAUUACAAAGGCUGAAAGGCCAGUACUUGUGAGGCGACGUGCGUGACGUGAGGCAGUGAAGGCGGAAGUUAUAACAAGCACAACCUGAAUAAACAGCCAAGAGAAACUCAUAGAAAUACUUGUUAUAUCCAUAUUAGCUUGCGGAACUUGGCUUCGCUGAUUCGCUUUCACUAUAGGAUAGCAUAAAUAAGCGGCUUACUUGAACUAAAAAUAGCGGAAAUGUAUGAAAGGUUGAGCGUUUAGAUAUCAUGGGGUUAACUUGGGAACACAGUUUACUUCAAAUACAUUGGGUGAGGAAAGUGUCUGAAACUACCAACUACAUUGCGACAAAUAAAGUGGUCCAAGACUCAAAGACCACUUUGGGAGUAUCCAUGCAUGAGAAUAAUUCAACGAGGCCGUGUUUGUUUUUGGUUUACAAGCCUCAGAGUAUUCGGCUCGCUCGAGAUGCGUACAUUGCGGCUGCGGCCAUCAACUGCAUCACGAUGUUUCCCGCCAUUAUCUUGAACGUGCUUCUGAUGAGAGCGAUGUCUCGUUCGCCUGCUCUUCGGAAGCCACCGACUCUUCUCCUGUACAGUGUUUCUGCGUCGGAUUUACUACUUGGUCUGAUCGUACAGCCGGGAUAUCUCGCCAAGAAGGUCGGAGAGCUCACUGAUAACUUUCACAUUUAUUGCAAGAGUGCAAUGUUAACGUACGUUGUAGGGAAUUCCUUGACGGCAGUGUCAUUACUCAAUCUUACUGCUAUCGCCAUUGAUCGAUAUCUCGUCGUGACUUCGGGAAUCCACUACCCGAGCAAGGUGACCAAAUGUCGCUUGUUUGUGAUUAUUGCGUUUAUAUGGACUUUUGCCAUAUCUAUAGCUUUGGGACAAAUUGUGAUUAAAAGGUUCCUGGUGCUUCUUUCAACGCUAUGUUACACCAAAGCGAUGUAUACCAUCAAAAGACAACAGACGCUCAUGAAUGCCGCAACCAGGAACAAUGCACGCACAGAACGCUACCGAAAGUCUAUAGUUACCAUGGUAACUGUAUUUAUCAUUUUCAUACUUUCCUACACGCCAUUU